AGAGAAGUGAUUCUGGAAGGUACCAGUGUUGGUUAGAAUAUCAGAUUAUAUGUCAUCUUCCCUUCUCUUUCACGUUUCCUGCUACCAAACUCCAUCGAGUGGUCAAGUAUCAGUCCACUGCAUCACCACUCAACCACAACUCUUUCCAUCUCCCAAACGCAGCGUUUUGCAAUUCCGCCCCUUCUGAUGAAUACCGCCUCAGACUCCGCCAGCGAGGCGGCGAGGCCCGGCGGAGCAGCCGAGAGCGCUGAAGCUGGUGGGCCCAUGAUCAAGAUCACCGUUUCUCAUGGUCCCUCUCACCACGAGCUCCACCUCCCACCCCAAUCAACGUUCGGGGAUAUAAAGAAACUGCUUGUACAUAAAACUGGUUUAGAGCCUGAAGAGCAACGGCUUUUCUUCCGAGGAAUAGAAAAGGAUGAUAAAGAGAAUUUGCACCUGGGAGGUGUGAAGGACAAGUCAAAGCUUUUGCUUUUAGAAGGAAAUACUAGCAAAGAGAGGAAGCUUGAGGAAACCAGAAAACUCAAUGAAAUGAUUAAAGCUUCUGAAGCUAUUUCUAGGGUCAAAGCUGAGGUGGACAAGCUCUCAGAUAGGGUGACUGCCUUGGAAGGGGCUAUCAAUGCGGGUAACGAGGCUUCUGAAAAAGAAUUUCUUGAGUUGUCAGAGUUGCUUAUGAGUCAAUUGUUGAAACUGGAUGGCAUUGAGGCUGAAGGUGAAGCAAGGUUGCAGAGGAAAGCUGAGGUGCGCCGUGUGCAGAACAUAGUAGAUGCAAUAGACUCCCUAAAGGCUAGAAACUCCAAUCCUUUUAUCGACAAGGGCAAUGCUGUCACAGUCACAACCCAAUGGGAAGCCUUUGACUCUGGAACUGAAAGCUCAAAAGACACAUCUACAACAUUAUCCUCAACAAAAAUAACUGAAGAUUGGGAGCGGUUUGAUUAGCUCAGAAACAGCUUCGGAUUAUUAAUUUUAAAAGCUUUGUACAGCACCUUAUUGGGCCUUCAUCGUUUGUUCAGGAUUCAAAUUUCUUAAGUUUGCUUUAGAGGCCUCGGUGCAACGAUUAGGUUUUUUCCUUGUGUUAUGGUGGUCAGAAGGUGGUGAUGUUCUCUCCGUUCGAAGGUAAGGUUGCAUACUUAGAACAAACGAAAAAAUGGUAAGGUUGCUUUCGGUUAAUUCUCCUCGCGCACUUGGUUUUUGAGAAAUACGCAAACCAAAUUAUAUUCUUUUCACUUGAAUAAUAUUGCUGCAUCUUUGUGGUUCA